AUGACUAUGGAUGAAACUGCUCGAUUUUGGUUUCUUCUUAUUUUUCUAGUUCCUUCAAUAAUGUGCAGUAUUUUUGAUCUCUAUCAUUUUCUCUUCGAUCGAACACUUCGUCAAGGUUUACACAAUCAUUCAAUUAUUGUUAUACUUUUCUUUUGUUUACUCUUUGAAUGUACGGACAUAUUUUGGCUUGUUUAUAAUUAUGGUACUGGUCAUGUGUUGUUAUUAACAGAAACUUUUUGUAUGAUUUGGCAUUUUAUUGAUCAUAUUGGUUUUCUUUUAAUAUCAAGUAUUGUUGCUUGGGCAUCAAUUGAACGUCAUAUUCUCAUUUUUCAUGAUAAAUGGUUAAUAACAAGAAACAAACUUUUUUUUAUUCAUUAUUUUCCAUUAAUCAGCCUAAUUAUUUAUUCAUUUGUAUUUUAUACAAUGGCUUUCUUUAUUUUCUCAUGGGAACAUACAUUUAAUUAUUCAGAAACUCAAUGUGGAUUCAAUGAUGGUUUAUUUCAUCCACGGAUUAUUGCUGUGUGGGAUAGUGUAGCAAAUAAUAUUUUACCUACUUUAAUUAUUGUUAUUUUUAAUGCAGCACUUAUUUUUCGUGUUUUAUAUCAAAAACAUCGAUUACAUCAAAGAAUUCAUUGGAGAAACUAUCGAAAAAUGACUGUACAAAUGUUAUCAAUAUCUUCAAUAUUUUUUUGUCUUUAUUUUGUACCUAUGCUUCUCUAUACUGCAUAUACAAUAGGUUUAUCACGCAGUUUUGCUCAUGAUUAUUAUGAUACUAGCAUAUAUCUCUUUUAUUUUGUCAUUAUUUUUCUUCCUUUUAUAUGUGCUGUUUCAUUACCAGAACUUCGAGCAAAAUUUCAUAUUACUGUUCAAAAAUGGAAACAACGAGCUCAGCAUAUUAGCGCUCUGCAAUUUUGGACAACCAUUCAACGAACUUUUCAUCGAUCCGUAGCAGUAGGACCAAAUAAUUUAUAA